CAGUCGUUUUAUUAUGAUUUAUGUGUGAUGUAGUCGAACAGUCCACUGGAUCGUUCCUGCUGAUCGCCGCCCAUCACACGCGCACGAACGCAUAUUGCUGCGCCCUCACACAGGUUUUGGUGCACAGGUGUGCGGAACGCAGCGCUGAGUUCCUCCGGCGGCCCCGUGCAUUCCGACGGUGCCGUGUGACAACAGCGAGCCUCCCCGUUGCCAUGGCAACAACUGCACCACUGCUAAGGCAACAGCUGCAGAGUGCCACAACAAGCGGGAAGAUCUUCACACGUUAUUUUUUCCUUUUCCUUUUUCUUUUUUUUAAAUCUCAUCGUUUCUCGUGGCCCCCUCUUCAAUGGCGAGAACCCCCGUCGGGUUCUCGUUCUGCGCUCCGCCGUCCUUCAGGUCGCUCUCGCGGUGCUUCGUGUUCGCUUUCUCCAUGAUGCAUAUGUAAUUCACACUCUCCUCCUCAACACAUUUUCUUUCGGUCUAAUUCCUUCUGUCUUCACACACACGCGCACACACAGGCGUACUCGCGCACUCACUCACCCACUCUCCCUCCCGUUCUCUCUCUCUCUCUCUCUCUCUCUCUCUCUCCUCCUCUGUCCCCUCCCUCACUUCUUCCUCUCCAUCCUCUGCUGUUUUUCUGUCUUAUUCUGUUUUCUCUUUUUCCCUUUCUUUCCACAGUGUGAACCUCCCACCCCUUCUUCAAUCCCCUCCACUCUGCUUUCCACCCAUCUCCAUCCUCCCUCACCUCCAUCUCUCUUCAUUUCCAUCCCAUGUUUUGUCUUUCUUUUAUCUCUCAUUUCUAAACAAAAAAAACCCUCCUGAUCUCCUCUCACCUUCCCGUCUUUCUCUCUCCCAUACAAAAUUCCGAGACCACCCUCUCGCCUCUCCUCUCUCUUCCCUUCGCUCGCUCGCUCGCUCGCUCGCUCGCUCGCUCUCUCCGUUUCCCUGUGGCCCUCCCCCUCCCUCUUCACGUUUCCCCCUCCCUCCAUCGUCUCUUUCCCUCGCUGGUUCAGUUUAGUCAAAGAAGAGAUUCACGGAAGGAGAGAAAAGGGGGGAACGGCAGGACGAGUGUGAGAGCGCAGGAGUGGGGCAGGCUGGGGAGAGGGGUGUGGGGUCUCAGCCCUCUGUCGUGGGGGGUUGGGGGGGUUGAAAUACACCCCAAUAUUUUGUUCUAAGUACCAUGGACUGCCUCUGCAUUGUGACUACAAAGAAGUACAGGUACCAGGAUGAGGAGACGCCCCCCUUGGAGCACAGUCCAGCACAUCUGGCUCCAGGGAAAAGUGCCGAGAUGCUUCAUAUGAGUGACAAGAACCUCGCUGCCAUGGAGGCGAUACACGGCUACACACCUCACACACACAUCUCUCCUGUCAAGCCUGUGUUGAUGUCUACCGGACACACUCCAAUGUACACCUCCGCUGUUUCCACUCUGGGAAAUACUCCCCCAGUCGUGGUGAACACUGACACACUCGAUGGAUCCCCAUAUGUGAAUGGGACUGAAGGGGAAAUCGAGUACGAGGAGAUCACACUGGAGAGAGGUAACUCAGGCCUGGGCUUCAGUAUAGCUGGGGGAACAGACAAUCCCCAUGUGGGAGAUGACCCCAGCAUCUUCAUCACCAAAAUCAUCCCUGGAGGAGCCGCGGCGCAGGACGGACGGCUCAGUGUGAAUGACUGCAUCCUAUUUGUGAAUGAUGUUGAUGUGAGGGAGGUGACGCACAGCCAGGCUGUGGAGGCUCUCAAGGAGGCAGGUGCUAUCGUCCGCCUUUACGUUCUCCGUAGAAAGCCAGCAGCUGAGAAGGUCACUGAAAUCAAACUCAUCAAAGGGCCUAAAGGAUUAGGUUUCAGCAUCGCUGGAGGCGUCGGCAACCAGCAUAUACCAGGCGACAACAGCAUCUAUGUCACCAAAAUCAUUGAAGGCGGAGCAGCGCAUAAAGACGGACGCCUGCAGAUCGGGGACAAAAUCUUAGCGGUCAACAACGUGUGUCUGGAAGAUGUGAUGCAUGAGGAUGCGGUAGGGGCUCUGAAGAACACAGCUGAGGUGGUGUACCUCAGGGUGGCCAAGCCCAACAACCUGUUUCUGACCAACUCCUACAACCCUCCAGACCUCACCAGCACUUAUUCCCAUAUGGACACCGAACUCAGCCACCCCAACUAUCUGGGCUCAGAUUACCCACAAGCCCUCACUCCCACCUCACCUAGUCGGUUUUCUCCUGUCCUACAUGGCUUGAUGGGAGAUGACGACAUCCCCCGAGAGCCUCGAAGAGUUCUGAUCCACCGAGGUUCCACAGGUCUGGGAUUCAACAUUGUGGGAGGCGAGGAUGGAGAGGGAAUAUUCAUCUCCUUUAUCCUGGCAGGCGGCCCCGCUGAUCUUAGUGGAGAGCUGCACAAGGGCGAUCAGAUCCUGAGUGUAAAUGGCGUAGACCUGCGCAUGGCCACACACGAACAGGCAGCCGCGGCCCUGAAGAACGCCGGCCAGACCGUGACGAUCAUCGCUCAGUACCGACCCGAUGAGUACAGCCGAUUCGAGGCGAAGAUCCACGACUUGAGAGAACAGCUGAUGAACAGCAGCAUGGGCUCUGGGACCACGACACUAAGGAGCAACCCCAAGAGAGGCUUCUACAUCAGGGCUCUGUUUGACUAUGACAAGACUGCGGACUGUGGUUUCCUCAGUCAAGCCCUGGGCUUCAGGUUUGGGGAUGUGCUGCAUGUCCUGGACUGUGGAGACGAGGAGUGGUGGCAGGCUCGUAAGGUCAGCCCCCAGAAUGAGGCGGAAGAGGUCGGAUUUAUCCCCAGCAAGCACAGAGUGGAAAGAAAAGAGUGGUCUCGCGUUAACACCAAAGAGAGGGACCAUGGGCGAGACAGCCUGAGCACACAAGGGAGAGAUAAAACCUCCCACAGUUAUGAGACAGUUACCCAGGUGGAAGUUCAUUACGCGAGGCCCAUCAUCAUUCUCGGCCCCGUAAAGGACAGGAUAAAUGAUGACCUGCUGUCUGAGUUUCCUGAUAAGUUUGGAUCUUGUGUCCCACACACCACACGGCCCAAGAGGGAAUAUGAGGUGGAUGGCCGGGACUAUCACUUUGUGUCGUCACGGGAACAGAUGGAGAAGGACAUUCAGAGCCAUCGGUUCAUCGAGGCGGGCCAGUACAACAGCCACCUGUACGGCACCAGCGUGCAGAGCGUCCGCGAGGUGGCUGAGCAGCAGGGGAAACACUGCAUCCUGGACGUAUCAGCCAACGCUGUGCGCAGGCUACAAGCGGCUCAGCUCCAUCCCAUCGCCAUCUUCGUCCGGCCCAAGUCUCUGGAGAAUGUGCUAGAGAUAAACACCCGCCUGACGGAGGAGCAGGCCAGAAAAGGAAUGGACCGAGCUCUCAAACUAGAGCAAGACUUCCUCGAGUGCUUCUCAGCUGUCGUGGAAGGGGAUAGCUUUGAAGAAGUCUACCACAAAGUAAAGACAGUGAUCGAGGAGCAAUCAGGGCCUUACAUCUGGAUCCCCACUCGGGAGAGGCUGUGAUGCUGCACCCCCUCCCCCUUCCCUACCUCCCCCCAGCCCUCCCCCCUGCUUCCCUCACAGCCACCUAACGACACCGCCCUUCACCCUCACAGCCAAGCCAGCCUCGCCUGCCUGUCUGUCCUCAAGCAAAGUCAGUGCUUAGGCAAUCACCGAGAAUGACACAGAGAGACAAAUGCAUACGAAGUCAAACAGCGAGAAACAAGAGUGACACAGCGAGACACGAACGAAACCAAAUAGGAGACACAGAGACAGAGGUUAACACAGCGAUGUGAUAGACUGAGAGAAGAGACUUCAUCAGUAUUGCUCUUUGAUAAGACAGGACUGAGUGUUGAGACCCUGCUUGCACACUUAGCAUUAAAAUGCAUCCGGGCCACAUGUGGACAGCUCUCAAUACAGCUGUGGCUGCUCCCAGAUCUGGUGACGCAAAGUGGCACAGUUUAUUUAGCCGCGCCAAACAACUUAUUGUGUAAUGUGUGUUUUUCCUGUUUAGACACAGCCGAGGUUUCUCGUAAUAUAAAAUCAAAUGAGAAUCAGAAACCAAUUAGAAGCGAUGACUUGAUACGCAGCGUGGGAACUGCAGUUAUUCUAGAUCGAAAGCAGUCUGGAUGUACACGGACACUAAUCACUGGGUCUGAACGGGGGUCCAACCAGAGGACAGGGACGGACUCUAGGACAGUAUUAGGACCACCGCACCUUCCUAGCCGUUUCACAACCCCGUCAGACACCUUGACACACCAAGCUUGGAGAUGGAGAUGCUGGCCCUUUUUCUAUCCCAUCCUUGUGGCUCUCCUCCUCCUGUCAGCAUUUGCCUUGUUUCAGGACGGAAAAGAGAAAGAGGACCGAGAACGAAGAGCCCAGAUCCUUCCCUCGCGGCCAGGAGCCUUUUAUCAACAAGAGUACUUUUUAGUGUGAAUCUCUUCUCGGUUCUGGGUGUGAGGUAAACCUCAGUAACCACGGCCAACAUUUGCUCAAUUGCUCAGUGGUGAAUAUUGAGUUCAAACCAUGAAUAAUGUUAAAUAACCUGAAUUUGUGCAUGCAUCCUCAAAAACGACGGAGAUAGGAGAUAAAACUAUAGAAAAAAAGAGAAAAUAUAAAAAGAAUGGUGGGUAUGUAGAGUGUGUUCUCCUAUUUGCCUCCUUGUUGUUGGAGGGGCGUCUCAUGAAAGACAAAGGAGGACAAGGGAGACACAGCGAUGACGGCGUUGAGAGGCCGGUCCGGAGCGCAAUAGAUCCUCUGACACCGUUUAGCCUCCGAUCUCUUAUGCACACACACUCACACCUAUUCACUGACACACACACAAGUAGAGUUGUAAUCUCAGCUGUAACCUAGCACACUCCUCUCUGCGGGAGGGGGGGACUGGCUGUUCUGACCGGCUCGUCAGAAUCCAGGAUGAAUGUUAUCUCUCUAGGCACAAACAGCGGAGCUGUUAGCGUCAUCACACCGCAGCCAACUCACCGAUCACUCUUCCAAAAGAAUCCCUCGACCGCAGACGUACACACUGUUUCCAGUGGCCGCUGUAAAAGCCAUGGUGAGUGUGUGUGUGUGUGUGUAUGUGUGCGUGUGUGUGUGCGCGUGUGUCUGUGCAAUUGUGCACAUUCAUGUGUGGAACUCCUCUGUGUGGGAGGAAUAGGUCUUCUUUUAUUCUCUCUUCCACUUUUUCUCUGCUUCUUUCUCCUCCUUGUGUCCACACAAAUUAAGCUAAGUCAUGUUUAACAAAUAAAUGGCCUAUAUAUAAAUAUAAAUAUACAUAUAAAUAUAUAUAUAUAUCUUUUUUAUGACAAUUUCUAAUGGAACUAAGUCUGUAAAAAUCAACAUCUCCAAACAAUAUUCCAUUGAUUUCUUUGGGUAAUAUUGCAGUUUGGUUGUUGACUUUACUCACGUUCCCAUUUUAUUGUUGUAAAAUGCAGCGAAACAAAAUAAUAGACCCGCUCAAGUCGACAUAAGCAAACGUCACACUGGAGCGCCGGAGAACGACAUACCCGAUAUGUCCUUACACAAGUUCAAAAUGAGUUGGAACGAGUACGAUGCAGCUGUGUGUGUCUGUGUGUGUGUGUGUGACAGAGUAGAUGAGAGCUUGAUGUAUAAAAUACAAAUUAUAUUAUAUGAGAAUAACUAUAACAUCCACUAGUGGUUGUAAUGCAUAAUAUAUAAACGGGUCGUGUGUGUGCGUGUCUGUGUGUGUGUCAGAGAGAGAGAGUGAAACACACACAUGAAGAUGAAGUGCAAUAUCGCCAUGGUGUUAUGCAAUGAAGAUGGUUUCACAUGUGUCUAUUAAAAAAGUAUUUAUGAAGUUUGCACUGCUACUGGUAUCAACAGGUAAAAGAUUAAUGAAAGCAAAAUGACUCAAAGAUUUUAUGAGCAUGUGUUUGUAUUUACAUUGUCCUGAAGGUGGAAAUAUUGAUGGAAGUGACCAUUCAUAUUUAUUGUUUGUUUAUUUUUGCUCACUGGCUUCUCUCAGCUUAUGAUGGAACAGCGGAGGCUUCUGAAUGACUAUCAGCGUGUGUUUUUCUUUAUCAUUUAAUAUUUAUUUACUUGUGUGACUGGCUCCAUCUCCAAGUCUGUAUAUUUUUGUAUUUUUCCACACUGGGAGAGCUUUUAGGUUUUGGCCAGAAAUGCUGUAAAUAGAUCAGAAGUGUUGGCGUCCCGCGUGGCUUUAGGUGUAGCCAUGCACAACUGCUGGAUGGAUGGAUGGAUGGAUGAAUGGAUGCAAGUCCGAACUCCAUCAGAGCCAGUCAUCUGCCCACAUGUACACACACAUCUACACAGAAAGACAUCGGCAUAUACAUUUACAUGCACACACUGAUAGAAUCACGUGACCACACGUCCAUGAAUGAAAUAAUAUGUUUUCAGUUUCUUUCUUUGAGGGUUCAAUGUGUUUCUUAAUAUCUCUCUCAGCCAUCCGUAUCAUAGUGUGAUAUUCCUUAUAAAAUAUAUGAAUUUUUACAGAAAAGACUGAUUACAAAGUUACAACAAAGUCAACUGAUGCAGAAAAAUAUAUUUAACAAUGACAAUAUCAAGCAAAAUAUAAUGUUCAAGUUCAGUGAAGCGCUUGUUGUAAAUUAGCUAUAAAAUAAUAAAAAGAAUUUAAAAAUGCUUUCUGA